AUGACAACUAACUACUCCCCCACUAAAUCCCAUUCCCUAUUUCAUGAUGCUCCUCAUGGUUCCUCCUUCCCAGGCACCACGGCCAAGCCAUCAGCCAUGGCCUCCGGCCGUCGUCCGACCACCGCCCUAGUCCUGACGUCGUUGCUAUGCCUCUACCACGCGCCAAGCUGUGUCCUUUCGCUCUCCUUCACCCUCGACUUCUCCGACCCCACCGCCGGCUCGUCGAUUGUCGUCUCCGGCGACGCACUCGUGAGUCCACCGGCGCUCCAGCUGACGAAAAACAGCUGGGCAUCGUACCGGUACAAGGUGCCGCUAUGGAACGGCGCCACCGGCGAGAUGGCUAGCUUCGCCACCGCCUUCUCCUUCCGGAUCGCCCCAGACAAGGACAGCCCUCCGCAGCAGCCAGGCAAUAGGAUGACCUUCUUCCUCGGCCAUCUCCCUUCCGUGGACUUCCCGCGCAGCAGCAGCAGCGCCGGCGGCGGCCCGGCCGUCGUGACGGUAGAGUUUGACGCUUUCCCCAACCAUGUCGGCAUCGACAUCAGCUCCGCCAACUCCACGGCGUCCGCGCACACGACGGCGACAUGGCCGGGCAAGAACCUCACGACGUCCAGUGUCAUGGAGGCCACCGUGAAAUACCACAACGACUCCAGGAUGCUGGCUGUUGCUCUCCUCAUCGACGGUGCCCUGUACCAGGUCAGUGCCACCGUUGAUCUGCGCCGAAAUCUGCCGGAGGAGGUGGCGAUCGGCUUCUCCGCCGGGAUGCACCGGAUACUGUCGUGGUCGUUCGGUUCCACCCUGCCGGAGUCCAAGCAGGAGGCAUCUCCUCAGCUUGCUGAACCUCCUCUCCUAGCCAGCAGCUACGACCACAAGAAGAUAGCAUUGGUCCUACUAUUCCUAGGAACGAUCACGACGAGGUGUGUCCGAAUUGGAUUUCAGUUUCGAUUCAAGACAUCAUCGGGUCGUGCUACCUUAGCUGUCCUAGCCUAG